AUGCAUGAAUUCCUCGAUGAUGUAACCUUUGCGUCAGUCAGCGAUUGCCGGGAUCUGCAAGUACCUAGCGGUGGCGGCCCGGCGCCGGCGCAGGUGAAAUCAACUCCCGUCAUCUCUCGGUCGCAUCUCAACCCCCACAACAGUUUCACAACCACCAGACCACCGGCGCACCCUCUCCCUAUCAACAGCACAAUCGUCAAAGUAUUUGCUGCCUCUUCAACUGACCACUUCCUCGGCACCGCCGCCAGCGCUGCCAGCACUCCUACUGUUCAGAACUUCCAGAUCACCACCGUCAACGGUGGGAGCGCAGCUUCUCCUGUGGUUGUCCAGAGCUCCAACACUGGUUUGGGCUCCGGCGUCGACGACUCGAACGCUGCCCAGUACAAUGCCAACGACAACCAGCAGGUGUUCAGCCCUGCCAACAACUUCGGCUUCAACCACGACCUGCUGAGCCCCCAUGUGAAUCUUUCCUUGACUAGCAACGAUAUGCAGGGAUUCUUGAGCACCGCCGCCAGCGCUUCUAGCACUCCUACUAUCGAGAAUUUCCAGAGCUUUAACACGGGCUUGCGCUUGCGCGUCGACGGCUCGAACAUCGACCCAGCCUCACUGACUCGCAACCUCGGCGGCCAGGAGGCUACUGCCAACAAUGACAAUGCCGCUGCUGAGAAUGCCGAGGAGUCCAUCGCUGAUGCUGAAGAUGGCAUGUGUCAUACUGCCACUGCCGAUGAUGAAGAUGCCGACAUGGAGGAGACCAGGAGCUUCUUCGACAAUGCUUUCGCAGUCACUGAGACGCAGGAGUCUGGCCCGAACGCGCUGCCUUGCUCGACUUGGACUUAG